AUGAAUCAAGCUGCUGAUUUGAAUAUUCAGAGAAAUGAUCUGCAGAUUGAAAGAAUAGAAAGAAGGUCAAUGAUGAUGAUGCUGCUACACCUGUAUGCUACAAUACUGAGCAAGUCUUCUAAUGAUGCUUAUGAUGACCGCCAAUAUCGACGCCAAAACGAUGGAAAUACCGAUAACGAUGCCAGGCCCCAGUGCCUAUAUGAUGCCAGGCCACAGUGCCUAUAUGAUGCCAGGCCCCAUUGCCUACGAUGCCAGGCCCCAGUGCCUAAUAUGAUGCCGGGCCACCGAUUGCCCAUACGAUGA